UGUGAGUCGAGGCUCAACAACCCGCUCUAACAUGGACGAGGAUGAUUAUGACGAUAUCGCAGACGAAGACUUGAUUGAAGCCUUCAGCCAGGCUUCGCAGACACUUCCCCCACACCCCGCAAAGCGGCGAAGGAUCAGCGAUGGAUCCGCCGACGACGAUGGCACUCGCAGAGACCGACGUAGAUCUUACUCAGUUGAAAAUGGCUCUGGGGGUGAUGAGGAAACUGAAAAACUGAAGAAGAAGAAGAAAUACAAGAUUCAUAUCGCAGACCAGGAAAUACCGCCAACUCGAAUAAUCGGGGCUACACAGGCUGAAGCUCAUCCGGAUUCGAGUCCAUACAGGAUCAGAGGUCCAAUCUACAAGAAGCCCAGGCCCGAACCUCCUCCUCCAACCCCUCCACCAUUUACGGUGCCUCCUCGUUUCUCAGGUUCAAUAGUGGAAUCGUUCAAGAGACAAACAAGCCAGCCGUCGCAAGAUAACGACUUUGCCCAUGAAUUGGAGGAUCUCCCUUCCGAUGCCUUCUCAUCUCCAGAGUAUGGCUCUCGCCCGAAGGAACCCAUUCAAGUUGGGUCAUCAUCCCCUCGAGUCGCCCAAGAGAAUUCUCGUCCUCGACAACGUCUUGUUGCGCCGCAGCAGGGUCUCAAGCAAACCACGCUGUUUGGAGGUCGUGCCCUGGAAGAGGUACCGGUAUCUGCCUCGCAAGCAAAGAAGGUGCACAAUUUCAUUGUGGAUUUGCCACCAGAAACUCCUACACACCAUGCUUUGAACGAAGAAGCCUUGAGGACUUGGGUUUACCCCACCAACCUUGGUACGAUUCGAGACUAUCAAUAUAGCAUCGUCAAACAUGGGCUGUUCAAUAACUUGCUGGUGGCUCUUCCCACCGGUCUCGGAAAGACCUUCAUUGCUGCCACGAUUAUGCUCAAUUUCUUCCGAUGGACUAAGGACGCCAAGAUUGUCUUUGUAGCGCCGACAAAGCCCUUGGUUGCUCAGCAAGUCAACGCAUGCUUCAACAUCGUUGGAAUACCAAAAUCACAAACCACAAUGCUUACAGGAGAACAGGUGCCCGCCCUGCGUAAGGAAGAGUGGGAUACGAAGCGUGUGUUUUUCAUGACACCACAAACUCUGGAGAAUGAUCUGGCAAGUGGCAUCGCUGAUCCGAAGAAUAUCGUUCUCUUGGUUGUGGAUGAAGCACACCGAGCUACUGGCAAUUAUUCCUACGUCAAGGUGGUCAGUUUUAUGCGCCGAUUUAACAAAAGUUUCCGUAUACUAGCCUUGACUGCUACCCCCGGUGCGAGUGUUGAAGCAGUCCAAGAGGUGAUUGAUGGUUUGGAGAUAUCCAAGGUCGAAAUACGCACGGAAGAGUCCAUUGACAUUCAGCAAUAUGUUCACCGACGUAACAUCGACCAGAUCCUUCUCGAUCCAUCGGAUGAGAUGGUCAUGGUAAAGGAUCUUUUCGCGAAAGCACUUCAGCCAUUGGUUAACCAGUUGUGCGGGCAAAAUGCGUACUGGAACAAAGAUCCUAUGUCGCUGACUCCAUUCAGAAUGAUGCAGGCAAGGAAGAACUGGUUUAAGUCUGAGCCAGCGAGAAGAGCCAGCCAAGGUCUUAAGGGAAUGAUGAAUGGACUGUUUUCCAUUCUUGCUAGCGUUGCUCACAGCAUCAAGCUAUUGAACUUUCAUGGAAUCGGACCAUUCUACUCGAGCAUCAAAGAUUUCAAGCAAGGAGUCGAUGAUAAGAACAAGCCAUCGAAGUACAAAAGUCAGAUCGUUGACUGUCCGGAAUUUAAGAAGAUGAUGGAUCGGAUUCAAUUGUGGCUAAGCAAGGAUGAUUUCGUGGGCCAUCCGAAACUCACAUAUCUCUGCGAUACCAUUCUGAACCAUUUUCUGGACGCUGGAGAAGGAAGGUUGGGCGAGAAUGCUCCACCAUCGGCUACUCGAGUCAUUGUUUUUGCAGAGUUCAGGGACAGUGCUGAGGGCAUUGCUCGUGUCUUGAACAGGCAUGGCCCAAUGAUCCGAGCCUCAGUCUUUGUUGGGCAGGCUGAUUCCAAGCGGUCUGAGGGAAUGAAUCAACAAAAACAGCAAGAAACUAUUGAGAAAUUCAAAAAUGGUGUAUUUAAUGUUAUUGUGGCUACUUCAAUCGGAGAAGAAGGCCUCGAUAUUGGUCAAGUUGAUCUUAUUGUCUGCUAUGAUGCAUCGGCGUCCCCUAUCCGGAUGUUACAACGAAUGGGGCGAACAGGAAGAAAGAGAGCCGGAAACAUUGUUUUGCUUCUAAUGCGAGGUAAGGAGGAAGAGUCCUUCACCAAAGCUAAGGACAACUACGAACAGAUGCAGAAGAUGAUCAACAGUGGUUCAAGAUUCAACUUCCGACAUGAUCUUUCGGUCCGUAUUAUUCCUAGGGACAUCACGCCAGUUGUCGAGAAGAAGAUGAUUGAAAUCCCAAUCGAGAACACCCAGGAUCCAUCACUUCCAGAACCGAAGCGUCGUCUGAAAAGAGGAUUGAAGAAACCUCCGAAGAAGUUCCACAUGCCGGACGGAGUACAUACAGGGUUUCAGAAGGCUUCGAAAUUGUCCGCGGAUGGAACGACUCUCACAGACCUCGACGUAACAGUGAAACGCAGCGAGUUAGUCAGAACCCGGCUUGCUCCGAUCCCGGAACCAGAAUCAGUGCUCCUGAGUCCGAAGGAGGAGGAAGAGCUACGAGAAAAGUAUCAGAACAUUCCUGGAACCAACUUUCCAGAAGUCGAGAUGCCUGACGUGACUGUUCACUGUGGUGCUCAAAGAUCACUUGGUCCCGUGGUACAUGUUCGUCAUGGCGAGUACACAAAACGGUGUGUCAGGUUGUUCAAAACCCUGGCAGAUUCACAAGACAUCAUCGACCGAUUUACGAUGCCGUAUGGUGAGACCGAGCCUUCCUCGAAUUUCUGGGAUCUACCUGAUCUGGUUGAAGAUGAGCGUGAUGUUGGUAAACCACCAACUCGAUCUAGGAAGACGACACCAACAAAACCAAAGGAGCCUCGGAAGAAAGCUCGGAAGCAGGCUAUAGUCCUCUCUGACAUCGAGGGUGAUGGCGAAGAAAGUGAUCAAACUCCCAGGGGACAUCAUCAAACGCGGAAGCGAAUGGAAUCCAGCCCAGCUGGUGACAGUGAAGGAGAAGGAGAAGAUCUUCUGAAGAGUGAAGAUCUAUCAGAGGACAGUGAUGUCAGCAUUGGAAGCAUGAAAGACUUCCUCGCUGACGGACCCUCUUCCAGCAUCAGAAGUUGCCCCCUGGCUCGAUCUUCAACGACACCUCCGGCGCUGGAUCCAAGCUUGAAGCAAUUCAAGAAGCCUUUUAUACUCACAGCCACGCUGGAGACGAAUGAGGAUGACGACGGCGAUGACGAUGAGGGCGAUGAUUUGCCUAACCUGCGCGACUUGGUUGGAACCUUUACAAAGCAACGCACUCAAGUGGCAUCUGAUGAACUGGAAGAAUACGUGAGGCCAGUGUCAAGGCAAAGGGAGAACAGAAGAAGAGUCGUACUCGACUCAGACAGUGACGAGUGAUACAUGUAUUACAAUUUUGAAGCAUAGCGUUGGAGUUUCUGGGCCAGAUGAUGAGAAAACAUUGCUCACUGUGUUGCGUCGAAUUAUGGCAAACACUAGACAUAGAUGAUUGCUGGCUUAAAAAGAAAGAAGUCCAGUUCUAUUGGUUCCAACCAGUCUCAAAAGCUG